AUGAUUGACAUUUUGAACAUUGAAAGUGAACCGGUCUUUGACAAUCGCAUUGUCAAGAUUGAGACACACACAUACAAUCCAUAUGCUAACACAACGUUUGGUCACAGCGAUGAGAUACGAAUACCUAUACAACAGCAGGAUUUAUACACGUUACCAUGUGAGAGUUAUCUGUAUGUUGAGGGGAAGGUAACAAAACAAGCAACAGUAGAUGGUGCCACUGUAACGUUAGGAUAUAAUUGUGUUGCGUUCAUGUUUGACGAGAUUCGUUAUGAACUGGAUGGUGUGGAGAUUGAUCAUAAAAGUGCUAUCAUGAAAAAUGCCGCAUGGAAUACCAUUGACACUGUUUCAGUAGAUGGAUACUUCAACUUUUGUAUACCGCUCAGCAUGUUACUGGGAUUUUGCGAAGAUUACAAGCGUGUAGUGAUUAACGCACGUCACGAAUUAAUUUUAUUACGAUCGCGUAGCGAUAAUAACAGUCUGCUAGGAUCUUCAGCGUUGCAUCCUAAGAUUGAAUUAUUCAAGAUACAAUGGCGAAUGCCUCACGUAAUUUUAAAUGAUAUCAAUAAACUUUGCUUGUUAAAAACUUUAGAGACCGGACGAUACAUGAGUUUGAGUUUCCGUUCAUGGGAUCUGUAUGAAUUUCCUCUGCUGCAAAGCACGACCAAACACUUGUGGACCGUUAAAACAGCCACUAAUUUAGAAAAACCGCGAUAUGUUAUCUUUGCGAUGCAGACUGGUCGGAAGAACGUAAUGUCGGAAAAUAUAACUCAAUUCGACAACUGCAAUUUGAUCAACGUGAAGCUCUAUCUUAAUUCAGAGUGUUAUCCAUACGAUGAUAUGAAUUUAGAUUUUGCAAAAAAUAGAUACGCAAUACUUUAUGAUAUGUAUAAGUGUUUUCGUAAAUCAUAUUAUGGAUGCAACAGUACUGAGGUAUGGUUAACAACUACCGACUUUCUGGAGCAAGGUCCAUUCGUGGUUAUCGAUUGUUCGCGUCAAAAUGAGUCUGUCAAGAGUACCACUGUAGAUGUGCGAUUAGAAUUUGAAUGUAAAGAGAAUUUACCAGCGAAUACAACCGCGUAUUGUCUAAUCCUGCACGAUCGUGUAGUUGAAUACAGCCCACUAACCAAUAUAGUGCGCAAAAUCAACUAA